AUGCCGCAAAGCAAACCUUCUGAACAGAGAUUGUGGGGUGGAAGAUUCACUGGAGCUUCUGAUCCUUUGAUGGAUUUAUACAAUGCUUCUUUGCCAUAUGACAAGAAGAUGUAUGAAGCCGACCUUGAAGGUACCAAAGUUUACACUGAAGGUCUUACCAAGCUUGGUUUGAUUACCAAGGAAGAAUUGGCAGAAAUCCACAGAGGUCUCGAAGUUGUCAAGCAAGAGUGGGCCAAUAAGGAAUUUGUUGAGAAGCCAGGUGAUGAAGAUAUCCAUACUGCUAAUGAAAGAAGAUUAGGUGAAAUCAUUGGUAAGCACAUUGCUGGUAAGGUCCACACUGGUAGAAGUAGAAACGAUCAAGUUGCUACUGAUAUGAGAAUUUAUGUUAGAGAAAGAUUGAUCAAGGUGGAUGAAAUUUUGGUUGAUUUUAUCAAGAGUAUUUUGUACAGAGCAAAAAAUGAAAUUCAAUAUUUGAUGCCAGGUUAUACCCAUUUACAGAAGGCCCAACCAAUUAGAUGGUCACAUUGGUUGAGCUCUUACGCUACUUAUUUCACUGAAGAUUUGAAAAGAUUGAGACAAAUCAUUGCCAGAUUGAAUGUUAGUCCACUAGGCGCUGGUGCUUUAGCUGGUCAUCCAUAUGGUAUUGACAGAGAAUAUUUGGCGGAAAACUUGGGUUUCACUGGUGUCAUUGGUAACUCUUUGACCGCUGUUUCUGAUAGAGAUUUCAUUGUUGAAACAUUGUUUUGGUCCACCUUAUUUAUGAACCACAUUUCCAGAUUUUCCGAAGAUUUGAUCAUUUAUUCUACUGGUGAAUUCAAUUUUAUUCAGUUGUCUGAUGCUUAUUCCACCGGUUCUUCCUUGAUGCCUCAAAAGAAAAACCCAGACUCUUUGGAAUUAUUGAGAGGUAAAUCAGGUAGAGUUUUCGGUUCAUUUUCAGGGUUCUUGAUGUCUAUUAAGUCUAUUCCAUCAACAUACAACAAAGAUAUGCAGGAAGAUAAAGAACCUUUGUUUGAUGCUUUAACUACAGUUGAACAUUCUAUUUUGAUUGCCACUGGUGUUAUUUCUACCUUGACUGUCAAGUCUGACAAGAUGUUUGCUGCUCUAACCAUGGAUAUGUUGGCUACUGAUUUGGCUGACUACCUUGUUAAGAAAGGUGUUCCGUUCAGAGAAACACAUCACAUUUCUGGUGAAUGUGUUAGAACAGCUGAAGAGCAAAACAAACCGCUAAAUAAAUUGACCAUUGCCGAGUUUCAAAAUAUUGACUCUAGAUUUGGUGAAGAUGUUAUUAAUGUGUUUGACUUCGAAGCCUCAGUGGAAAAAAGAACAAGUACUGGUGGUACAGCCAAGUGUGCUGUGUUGAAACAAUUGAACGAAUUGGAAAGCCAGCUUUGA